AUGGAACUUACAAUGGAAAACAUUGGCAACAUGCACGGCGUCUCGCACUCGCAGGCGGGCGACCUGAUGAAUUCCUCGCAUGCACGACCUUCCUCAGCGUCCCACAGAAACUUGGUCUCACACGGACGCUCCGCGAUGGUCUCCAGCAUGGCUUCUAUCCUGGAGGGCGCCGGAGAGUACCGAGCAGACCCCGCACUGUCUGGGCACCUGCAUCCGGCCAUGACCAUGUGCGAGUCCGGCAUGAACCUGUCCAACACGUACACCACACUGACUCCACUCCAGCACCUGCCCCCCAUCUCAACCGUCUCCGACAAGUUUCACCAUCCUCACCCUCACCCGCAUCACCACGCUGCACACCAGCGCCUCACCACCGGCAACGUCAGCGGCAGCUUCACUCUCAUGCGCGACGACCGUGGCCUUGCCUCCAUGAGUAACUUAUAUGGCCACUACCCCAAAGAGAUGUCCGGAAUGGGACCGCCGUUGUCUCCGCUCUCCAACGGUCUGGGCUCUCUGCACAACUCUCAGCAGGCGCUCUCGGCAUACGGCCCCGGCGCUCACCUGGCCAACGAUAAGAUGCUCUCUCCUGGUGGUUUUGAAUCUCAUGCAGCCAUGCUGUCCAGAAGCGAGGAGCAUCUCGCCCGGAGUCUGGGGGGCCACGGUCACGGUAUGAUAUCAAACCUCAACGGUAUGCACCCGCAUAGCCACCUGCAUUCGCAAGCCAACGGCUCCAUGCUAGCCGAGAGGGAGAGGCAUGCGGCCGGGGCCGGACAGGGCGGCGGGUCGGGUCAAGUGGAGGAGAUUAAUACGAAAGAGGUGGCGCAGAGGAUCACAGCGGAGCUGAAGCGCUAUAGUAUACCUCAGGCCAUAUUUGCCCAGAGGAUCUUGUGUCGCUCGCAAGGGACCCUGUCGGAUCUUCUGCGCAACCCAAAGCCGUGGAGUAAACUGAAGUCCGGCCGGGAGACCUUCCGAAGAAUGUGGAAAUGGUUACAGGAGCCAGAGUUCCAGCGAAUGUCGGCACUCAGGCUAGCCGCCUGCAAGAGGAAGGAACAGGAACAACACAAGGACAGGAACAUGGCUCCCAAGAAGCAGCGUCUUGUCUUCACCGACCUGCAGCGCCGUACCCUCAUCGCCAUCUUCAAAGAGAACAAGCGUCCGUCCAAAGAGAUGCAGAUCACCAUCUCCCAGCAGCUGGGCCUGGAGCUCAGCACCGUUAGCAACUUCUUCAUGAACGCCCGCCGACGCUGCGUCGACCGCUGGCACGACGAGCACGACAGGCCCGGGCAGCCGGGCACCUCCGCCACCACCUUCUCCAAAGCUUGA